AUGAGGCCCCAGGCCAGUGUAGUCUGCUUCCUGUUCUUCCUGCUGCAGGCUUUGACUGAGUCCACCAAGAAUUCGGACUUCCACCUGGCUGGGGACUACCUCCUGGGUGGCCUCUUCAGUCUCCAUGCCGACAUGAAGGGCAUCGUCCACCUCAACUACUUGCAGGUGCCCAAGUGCAAGGAGUAUGAGAUGAAGGUUCUGGGCUACAACUUCAUGCAGGCCAUGCGCUUUGCAGUGGAGGAGAUUAACAACCACAGCAGCCUGUUGCCAGGCAUACUGCUGGGCUACGAGAUGGUGGAUGUCUGCUACAUCUCCAACAACAUCCAGCCUGUGCUCUACUUCCUGGCACAAGAGGACAACUUCCUGCCCAUCCAGGAUGACUACAGCAGCUAUGUGCCCCGUGUGGUGGCCGUGAUUGGUCCUGACAAUGCUGAGUCCAUUAGCACUGUGGCCAACCUCCUCUCCCUUUUUCGCCUUCCACAGAUCACCUACACUGCCAUCAGCGAUGACCUGAGAGACAAACAGCGCUUCCCUGCGGUGCUGCGCACGGUGCCAAGAGCCGAGCACCAGAUCAAGGCCUUGGUGCUGCUGAUGCUGCAGUACAGCUGGAACUGGAUCAUCGUGCUUGUGAGCAAUGAUGACUACGGCCGCGAGAACAGCCAGCUGCUCAACAAGCAGCUGGUGGGUCAGGACAUCUGCAUCGCCUUCCAGGAGACACUGCCCACGCCACAGCCCAACCUGGUUAUGACAGCAUAUGAGCAAGAGCGCCUGGAGGCCAUCGUGGACAAACUGAAAGAGAGCUCUGCGCACAUUGUGGUCCUGCUCUCUCCUGACCUAGGCCUGUACAACUUCUUCCAUGAGGUGCUGCGCCAGAACCUCACGGGCACCGUGUGGCUUGCCUCUGAGUCCUGGGCUAUCGACCCGGUCCUACACAACCUCACUGAGCUGCGCUACACAGGUACCUUCCUGGGUGUCGCUCCCCCGAGUGUGCCCAUCCCACGCUUCAGCAAGUUCCGUGUGCACCGUGCCCAGGCCCAGCCACCCACACCCAACAAGACCAGCCCACCAGCCACCUGUAACCAGGAGUGUGACACCUGCCUGGAUACCACCAAGUCCUUCAACUCCAUCCUCACACUCUCUGGUGAGCGUGUGGUCUACAACGUGUACUCUGCAGUUUAUGCUGUGGCCUAUGCCUUGCACAGCCUCCUAGGAUGCAAUGAGAGCAGCUGCUCCAAGGAGGUGGUGUACCCCUGGAAGCUGCUUCAGGAGAUCUGGAAGGUCAACUUCACCCUCCUGGGCCACCAAAUUUCCUUCGACGAGGAAGGAGACCUGCCCAUGGGCCUGGAUAUCAUCCAGUGGCGAUGGGACCUGAGUCAGAACCCUUUCCAGAGCGUCGCCUUCUACCACCCUGCACAGGAGCAGCUGGUGAACGUCUCCCCCAUCUACUGGAGCACUCCCAACAACAUGAUCCCCUUGUCCAUGUGCUCCAAGAGCUGCCGGACUGGACAGAGGAAGAAGCCUGUGGGCCUCCACCCCUGCUGUUUCGAAUGCAUCGACUGCCUCCCUGGCUCCUUCCUCAACCAAUCAGAAGAUGAAUUUGAUUGCCAGCCUUGUCCAAAGUACGAGUGGUCCCACAGGAAUGACAUCUCCUGCUACAAGCGGCGGCUGGCUUUCCUUGAAUGGCACGAGGCACCCACCCUCAUUGUGGCUGUGCUGGCCUCCCUGGGCUUCCUCAGCACCCUGGCCGUCCUGGUUGUCUUCUGCAGACACUUCCAGACACCCAUGGUCCGCUCGGCUGGGGGGCCUAUGUGCUUCCUGAUGCUGACCCCACUGCUGGUGGCGUACCUGGUGGUACCCGUGUAUGUGGGGCGGCCCACAACCCUCACCUGUCUCUGCCGCCAGGCCCUCUUCACCCUCUGCUUCACCAUCUGCAUCUCCUGCAUCACCGUGCGUUCUUUCCAGAUCGUCUGCAUCUUCAAGAUGGCCCAUCGCCUCCCCUGGGCCUACAGCUACUGGGUCCGCUACCAUGGGCCCUAUGUCUUUGUGGCAGUCAUCACUGUACUUAAGGUGGUCAUCGUGGUAGGCAAUGUCCUGGUCACAACCACCAUCCCCACCAUCCGCACUGACCCUGACGACCCCAACAUCAUGAUUCUCUCCUGCAAUCCCAACUACCGCAGUGGACUGCUGCUCAACACUGGCCUGGAUUCGGUCCUCUCGGUGGUGGGCUUCAGUUUUGCCUACAUGGGUAAGGAGCUGCCCACCAACUACAAUGAAGCCAAGUUCAUCACCCUGAGCAUGACCUUUUACUUCAUCUCCUUCGUCUUCCUCUGCACCUUCAUGUCUGUCUACCAGGGUGUGAUGGUCACCAUCCUGGACCUGUUGGUCACUGUGUUCAACCUCCUGGCCAUCAGCCUGGGCUACUUUGGCCCCAAAUGCUACAUGAUCCUCUUCUACCCAGAACGUAACACACCGGCCUACUUCAACAGCAUGAUUCAGGGCUACACCAUGAGGAGGGACUAG